GAGGAAUCGAAUCAAAAGGAUUUUGGUUGUGGGAAUGGAUAACCGACACCAAACGGGCGUUGCCCACAUACUCAUCUUCCCUCUGCCCAUACAAAGCCCCGUCAACUCAAUGCUCAAACUGGCCGAGCUUCUCUGCCUCCACGGCCUCCACGUCACCUUCCUCACCACCCAUUACAACCACCGCCGCCUCCUCCGCUGCACCGACGUCGAGUCCCGCUUCCGGAGGUACGCCGCCGGCUUCCGCUUCGAAGUCAUACCCGAUGGGCUGCCGGAGGACCACCCCCGCUCGGCGGAGCACUUGGAGGACCUGCUCAGCUCCGUGCGGACCGCGGCGGAGCCGCUCAUCAAGAGAAUGAUGAGGUCAGCAGUGACGUGCGCGAUUGUGGAGGGCAUGUUUGGGUACGCCUUUGAGAUCGGGAGUGAGUUUGGAGUCCCUGUUUUUGCCUUUGAGACCAUAAGCCCUUCUUGUCUCUGGGUUUACCUCUGCAUUCCCACACUCAUUCAGGCUGGGCAGCUUCCCAUCCAAGAAGGAGAAGAUCUGGACAGGCUGGUGGCUGGUGUACCGGGCAUGGAAGGUCUGCUUAGGGUGCGUGACCUUCCCCAUUUCUUUCGGGCCAAAUUGGAUCCUUGGGCGGAAAAGAACAGUGAGCUAGUGAAGGCCGAAAUCCAUUUCGUACCCAAAUCCCAUGGGCUAAUACUGAACUCAUUCGAAGAGCUAGAUGGGCCGAUUGUUUCGUUUAUCCGCAGCUACUGCCCCAAAACAUAUACGAUCGGCCCAGUCCAACAACACCUGAAGACCAGACUCGCUGAACAACGGGAAGCUCUCGGCCCCCCUUCAACCAGUUUCUGGCAAGAAGACAGGACAUGCAUGGAGUGGCUUGACAGGCAACCGGAUGAGUCAGUCAUGUACGUGAGCUUCGGCAGCCUAGCCACCUUAACCAUGGCCCAGUUUUUGGAAUUCUGGCAUGCCUUGGCUGCCAGCCACGUCAGGUUCUUGUGGGUGGUCAGGCCUAAUAGCUUAAAGUCGACGUCGGCAGAAGACGAUCAGCUCUCAAACGGCAGUGCUGAUUCUUCACAGCUUUUGAAAGAAGCCAUCAUCAAUAGUAACUCACGCAUAGAGAAUAACAAUAAGUGGUAUAUAGUGAGUUGGGCUCCUCAAGAGGAGGUCUUACUUCACCCGUCCGUGGGAGGGUUCUUGACCCACAGCGGGUGGAACUCGACCUUGGAAAGCAUCAUCGCCGGAAAGCCGAUGAUCUGCUGGGCGUUGGGAGUGGACCAGAUGGUCACCAGCAGGCUGGUUAGUCAAGUGUGGAAGAUUGGGUUAGAUAUUAAAGAUAGGUGUGAUCGGGUUACCAUUCAGAAUGCGGUCCUUGAACUCAUGGGAAGCAGGAGACAAGAGUUCAAGAAAUCCAUCCACCAACUUUCUAGGUUCGCCAAAGCAAGUGUCAAUGCCGGAGGAUCCUCCCACACUAGCCUUGACCAUCUCAUAAAUGACAUAAGAAAUUUGUCUAGCACACCAAAAACACCGAGUCUUAGUACGUAUUGAUAGAAGUUAUUUUAGAUGUAAAGCCUAUAGUGUAUUAUCAUAGUCAUUGCAAUGUACAAUAGUGAAGAGGUGCUUCCGAAAAAACUGUCUACAUUCUCAGGAUAAGACUUCCAACCUGCCCGCAACCCAAUCAUGGAAGAGGUGCUUCCGAAAAAACAUGCCAGUAGUUCAAAUCUUGAUUCCUUCAAAAUUUAUGUUAGUGAAACCAUUUUUCAAGAGAAAUCC